GUCUCGUUUGAUCGCCGCCCUGGUUUUCUGCCCUGGCUAUGGAAAUACAAAUUAAAAAACAAAACAAGAAAAUUAAGUAAAAUAUCAUGGCUGACGACGACCGAGAUGAUCAGAAGGAGUACCGCUGGGAGACGGGAUAUGAGAAGACAUGGGAAGCCAUCAAGGACGACGAGGAUGGGCUGCUGGAUGGGGCAAUCGCGGAUAUUAUCCAGAAGGCCAAGCGUCAGCGGCAGGCGCAAAAGGCAAAACAGAAUCGUCUGGGAAUGAUGCGCCACCUAUUCAUCAUACUCGACUGCUCCGAGUCGAUGAGCGUGCCCGAUCUGAAGCCCACGCGGCUACGCUGCACCCUCAAGCUGCUGGAUCAGUUCAUCGAAGAGUUCUUCGACCAGAACCCCAUUAGCCAGAUGGGUAUUAUUGCUCUAAAAGCGAAGCGGGCUGAGAAAAUAACCGAACUGACCGGCACCUCGCGGGUGCAUCUUAAGGCACUGGAAGGCCUAGCCAAUGUGCCAUUGACCAGCGAGCCCUCGCUGCAGAACGGCUUGGAUUUGGCAUUGAAAACGCUCAAAGUUGUGCCCUCGCAUGCUUCGCGGGAGAUUGUCAUCGUGAUGGGCUCCCUCACCACCUGUGAUCCCGUGGACAUUAAUCUAACUAUCGAUGAGCUGAAGAAGGAGGGCAUACGCUGUUCGGUCAUCUCAUUGUCGGCAGAGAUUCAUAUUGCCCGCUAUUUGACCCAACAGACAAGGGGAACAUUCGGCGCUGUCCUGGACGAUGCUCAUUUUCGGGAUCAACUUAUGUCGCAGGUGGAUCCGCCGCCUGCGGCCAAGACGCAGCACAACUCCCUCAUCCGUAUGGGCUUUCCGCACUCCAAGAACGAGGUGGAGGGCAAGGAUGCACCGCUCUCGAUGUGCAUGUGCCACAUAGAGAAUCUGGAGGAGCCCAGCGAGCUCUGCACCACCGGACACCACUGUCCGCAAUGCAAUAGCAAGUAUUGCGAACUGCCCGUCGAGUGUCAGUCGUGUGGUCUCACGUUGGUCUCGGCGCCACAUCUUGCCCGCUCGUACCACCACCUGUUCCCGGUGCCCAACUUUGAUGAAAUUCCGUUCGAGUCGUUGCCGAAAGCCUCCUCGGAUCGUGGCGGCACCGGAACCACGGAAUGCUACGCCUGCAUGAAACUCUUUGUCCCAGUCGCAGACAAGACGGUUUUCAAGUGCGGCUUCUGCAAGCAGUUCUUCUGCCUCGAUUGUGACAUCUUCAUUCACGACACCCUGCACGCCUGUGUGGGCUGUAACACCAUUCCAGGCGUCGAUGGACUGGUCUACCAGCAAAGCUCCAAGUCCGUCUCGGACUCUCACCAGCAGCAGGCGCAUGAUGUGCACCCAGGGACGUCCAAGCAGCGUGUACAGUUCAACAUUUAACUAACCAUUCGCGCAUAUCUCAUCAUCUGCACUGUAAAUAGUUCCUUAACUAAAAAAACUCCAUCGUAGCAUAGGGCGUAUACACACACACACACACACACACACACACACCGACCGAUACAGUUCAAUUCAUGUUCGUUCGUGUUUUGCUUCAUUAUAAAAAGUUUGCUCUUUUUGGUCUGGCUAAUAAACGUGAAGGUGAACUAAACGCAG